AUGAUUUUAAAGAAAAUUGUUUUUAAUUUUGCCAAAUAGAACUUUAGAAUUGUCGAAGCUGAAAAAUUACUCUUUGAUAAAACAAACAAAAGUCUAAUUUAUAGAAUGCAUAAUGGUGAAGUAAAUAUUAAACUUUAAAUUAGAACUAAUUAUAAUGGAGCUUAAGAGGAUUGAGUUUUUUUACAGCAUUAAAUUGUAUUCUAGCUUCAUAGGAAUACAUUUAGCCAAGUAAUUUUACAACUCUAAAUUAGUUUUUGGAGGUUGGAAUUGUGCCUCAUAUACUUUAUGCACAGUAGUAGGUUUUGCAGGUUUAAUUUUCUUAAAAAUAUUCUCAAAAAGAACUAUUCAUGAAUUAAGAUUAUUAAAAACAGGUGAUUUUGUAGAAAUUAAAUAUUUUAAUGCCUUUUGGACUCCAAGAUUAUAAACAGUUCAUGUUAGUGAAUUUGCAAAUCUCACAGAAUCCUAUUUUAGUUAUCAUAGAGUAGAUUUAACAAGUGUUGGAAAGGUUUGGAUAAAUAUAGAGAAGAAUGAAUUUGCAGAAUAGUUUUAAGACUAAAGUGUUUUAAUGUAAAUAUUAUCUGGAGUUCCUAUAAAAUUGGAUUAAUCAAAACAUAUAAAGAAAUAAAUUAUUUGAGUC